AUGUCGGGAGGCGAAAGAAAAAAGCGCGGCGGUGACAAAGGACAAGGCUGGGAGGAAGCUGGGGCUGAAUUUUAUCAAGAACGUUAUCCAGCUGCUAUUGAGAAUGACUUACAGCAAGCACUACGUGAUCCUUCGCACAUCGCGACUCUGUUGCCGAGUAAAAAAUCGCGCGUUGCGACCGCUAAACGGAUAAGAAACGAACCGAAAACAACAAUGAGAAGACGCACCAGCACUCGGUCCCGGUGUGCGACAAGCACCGCCAGACGAAUGUCAACAAAUGCACCGAAUAUUGAUACUGCUGUUUCUAUGCUGCCAGAUUUAUCUGAAAAUUUAUCAAAUGAAGAACGCACUUGGGAGGAAAUAAUGCAGAUAAAGGCAAUGCCCGUUUGUAUGGCGCAAAAGAUACAAUUGAAGAGACAGCUACAGAAUGCGACAAAGUUAAGACUCCAGGGCUUCGAGCAGCUCAAAUGGCAACGCAGAAAAGCCUGGCAGCAGUUUAAAGCCCGGAUGAAAGAAACUUACGCUAAAAUGGAGCUGUGGAGCACGAGUUUCAAAAAAAUAGGCGGUAAUUUUGGGAUGGGAAUCGUCGCAUACUUUUUAUUCAUAAAAUGGCUCAUGUUUCUCAACAUUACACUGUUUAUUGUAAUAUUUGCGUUCAUAAUACUGCCGACAAUAGUGUUAGUUGAGGAGCCGGAGCCUUGCACGGGGAACAGCUCCACCAGUGUGUCUUGUUCAUCGGAGGCUUACUGGAAUUCCUCAGAGUCUGGGAAUACAUUCGUCGAUAUAAUGCAGGCUCGGGGAAUAUUGGAGCGCACAUUACUGUUCUACGGAGCGUACACUAAUCAGAUUUACGGGAAAAACGGGAACGGCACUUACUACGAUCUGCCUCUGGCUUACAUUUGCACGAUAAUUGCCGUGACUCUUAUUAGUUUGAUUGCAAUAAUUCGAUCGGCGGCUAAAGGCUUCAAGGAGCGAGUCGUCGAGGGUGAGGGACAGUUUUAUCAGUAUUGCAAUUUAAUAUUCGGCGGAUGGGAUUUUUGUAUUCAGAAUGAAAAAGCCGCGGGGAUUAAACACAAAGCGCUUUACAAUGAAAUCAAGGCUUUUUUGGAAGCAGAGAGACUCGAGGAGGAGCGGCAAAAUCGUACGCGCGAGGAGAGAAUAAAAUUAUUUUUCGUCCGUCUGAUUGUUAAUUUGCUGGUUAUUCUAGUACUGAGUACUUGCGGAGUUUUCAUAUACUUUAUAAUAGAAUUGUCGUUUGACAAAGUAGAAGACCCGGGUUCCUCGCAAGCCGAAAGCUCCUCUUACAUAUCCAUUGAACGUCUUGUCCAAAUAGCCUACGAAUUUUUGCCCUACGUCUGUAUCGUCGGAUUAAAUAUAGUGGUACCUUUUCUGUUCCGCUAUCUGGUGGCUCUAGAGCACUACAACCCGUUGUUUGUAGUCAGAUUAACAUUAUUUCGAAUCGUCUUCCUGCGUCUAGCCUCGUUGGCGGUAUUGCUGACGAGUUUUUAUAAAAAAAUCUCGACUCCCGAAGAGGACAAUGAGCAGCCGCGCCAUGUGAGCAACGCGAAUCAUCACCGUCCUCAGUGCUGGGAAACAUUCGUCGGACAACAAUUUUUUAAACUUUACCUUACGGAUUUUUUUACACAAUUUUUGGUGACAUUUUUUAUAAAUUUUCCUCGUUCGCUGAUCGCCCGACACAGUGAGAAUAAAUUCAUCCGGUUCAUCGGCGAACAGGAGUUUGAUCUGCCAAGACACAUUUUGGACAUCGUUUACUCCCAAACAAUUUGUUGGGUCGGUAUGUUUUUUGUACCAAUACUGCCACUGAUCUCGACAAUCGGCUGCUUCAUCUUGUUUUACAUUAAAAAAUUCUCGUGUCUGGUUAACAGCACACCCUCGAGCCAGGUUUACCGAGCUAGUCGCUCAAAUUCGCUGUUUAUGUUCGUCCUGUUGGUGUCUUUUAUCCUGGCGAUAAGUCCAGUGGCCUACUCAAUUGCCGAAAUAGAACCAUCAAAGUCCUGUGGUCCAUUCCGAGGCCUUCACACUGUCUGGGAAUUGAUCAUACAGACUUUCUUACGCUUCCCCGAGUGGAUACGCAGAACUCUAUUUUUUCUCGGGACUGCCGGGUUCGGAAUACCCGCUUUUAUCGCUCUUUCAUUACUCCUGUACUAUUAUCACGCGGUUUCGGACGCGAACAAACACAUGGUCGUGGUUCUCAAGAACCAACUGGUGCUCGAGGGACACGACAAACAAUUUUUACUUAACCGUCUCAGCGCUUUCAUUAAACAGCAGCAAGAGCAAUCCAAGUAUCAAGAGCAAGCUAUUGAUAUGAACAAUUUUUAG